GGCGACACUGAAUCGACUGCGCGUCUUGUGUUUUUCUGAUUUUACUCUACGAUUGACGUUUCUUUUUUAUUUUUGUUAUUAGUUAAAAGUAGACAAUAAUGUGUACGUGUGUGAAUAUUUACAGUUGUUGACAAUCUUAGCAUAAUUUGUACGGACAUUUAUACAAAGUGUCAGUAUAGAACAGUGUUUAUUACAUGGAUACCAGUGCCUUUUGUUUGUAAAACAGUGGAUUAUACGGGAUUGGUGCUGUUUAGUUACUUUGAGUUCCUGUAAGGUCUCGUGGAGUCACCAGUGUAACCAGUGAUUGUUGUCGUGGCCGGUUUCCGUGGAGGAAACUUUCGAAACGUGAAUAAAACAGUUGGUAAUGCUUUCUUAGCGAAUGCAAGCCUUGGCUGCACGCAUUCCGUAGGGAAGCAAGUGCCGGCAUUAAGCAUUUUACGUGAGGCGAGCGGCGCGGGUGGCGGGGCGGGCAGCGGUGGGCUGCUGGCCAUGAACGCCACCCAGGUGCAAUGUGAGCCCCAUGACCCGGUCGUGCUCAUUAAAUAUGAACACCGGAGCGCUGGCGGGAGCUGGGAGGAACCGGUGAGCGCAGUGCGGAAUACACCUCUUCGACGCUCCCAGAGGCUGAACUCAACCCUGGAUUCCCGGAGCAGUGGACAACUGCGCAACACCCUUAGUCGAGCGCGAGAGCUAUGUGAACGGUGGAGAAGCGGCGUCGCGACGCCGGCACCACCUGCACCUCCGCCCGACGAUGAAGGAGGAGGGCGGUUGGCUCGAUGGUUUAGUAUGCGCCGAGGAUCCACACACCAAUAUGAUAUGCACUCGCAUGACUCCGACAAGAUGCCUAAAUUACCAGCAUUGGAGGAGGAGCUCCUCUCAUGCCUGGGCGAGGUGCGGAGUGUGCGGGUGCCGCCGCCCUCGUUGGGCCCGCCGCCAGACUCGCUGUCACCUGUGCAACUGCGACGCCGGCAUGUGGUCGCCGCCAUUAUACACAGCGAGAACUCCUACGUCGCUACUCUACAGCGGCUUGUAAACGACUACAAGAAACCGCUGGAAGAAAGCAGCCCUGCUAUCCUGAACGCUAGCAAAAUCCAGACGCUGUUCCACCGACUGCCUGAUAUCUUACAAUGUCACCUACACUUCCGCACCGCGCUUGCUGACUGCGCGAGAACAUGGGACCGCGAUGAAAAAAUAGGCGAGGUCUUUUUAAAUGCAUUCUCAAAAGCGGUGGUGCUGGAUGUGUACUCUGACUUUAUAAACAACUUCUCUGUGGCAAUGGAGUUAGCCAAGAUGGAGUCCAAGCGCAAGUCAGCGUUUGCCGACUUCUUCAAGGUGAAGCAGAUCAGCGCUCACGACCGGCUCUCGUUCUUCGGUCUGAUGGUGAAGCCAGUGCAGCGGUUCCCGCAGUUCAUUAUGUUUCUGCAGGAUCUCCUAAAACACACUCCUCCUGGGCACGUGGAUCGCGUCGCGCUCCAACGCGCUUUGACCAGACUGGAGGCGCUUGCUGACGCGCUUAACGAGAGAAAACGUGACGCCGAGAGAACUCAGGCAUUCCGCGCGGCGUUGCGCAGACUGACGCGCGGCGGCGUGACCGGGGCGGGCGGCGCGGGCGGCGCUGCUAGGUUCGGCGCCGCUCGACUGCUGGCCUCCCGCGCAGACAAGCGCCAUCUGCUGCGGCAAGACGACCUGGUGCAACUGGAAUUCAAUCAGCUGGGUAGCGUGUCGAAGUGCAAGCCUCGGCGUCUGUUGCUGCUCAAUGAUCUGGUGGUGUGCGUGUCGGUGGGCGGCGCGGGCGGCGGCGGCGACGACGGCGAGCGGCUCGGGCUCAAGUGGGCGCACCCCGUGCAGGACGUGGAAGUGGUCGACACCGGCACCUCGCCCACGCUCAGCCGCGUGCUAGCACAAGGAAUGAACCGCAGCGGCAGUCUACGGUCUAACUCUAGCAGCAACGGCCACCUGAACACAUCGACGGCGGAUUCUCUGUGCAACGAGAUGUCGACGCUGAUGCACGAUUACGAGACUGUGUCACGUAUGGCCGACCUCGCCGCAUCACUCCGCUCGUCGUACUCAGAACUAGCGCCUGAGAUAUUCAGGACCUUAUUGCAAAAUAUACAGCAAAGUAUACAGAGGAAGGACGACGAGAUGGCGUGGGUGGACUCGUGCUGCCUGCAGCUGGCGGUGCGCGGGCGCGAGGAGCCGGUGACGUUCCGCGCGCGCGAGCCGGGCGCGCGGCUGGCGUGGGCCACGGAGCUGCGGCUGGCGCAGCUCGCGCAGGCCUCCGCCAACUCGCCCGCCUGGCGCCUGCCCGCCUCGCCGCCCGCCUCGCCGCCCGCGCACAAGAUGCCGCUCUUCGUCGCCGCCACGCCCGUCUACAACUCCAAGCACUUGACAGAGGUGCGUUGUGGGUGCUUCUACACGUCGAGCGGUAGCGCGGGUGUGUCGGGCGGGGGCCCGUCGCGGCGGUCUCGCGCGCUGCUGUGGGUGAGCGCGGGCGGCGCGGCCGACAGCCACGUGGCCGUACUCACGCACCGCGCCGCCAAGCUCAAGACCCUGGUCACGCUUGACCUACCCGACACCAAGGUGACCUCAAUAGAAUAUGGAAAAGGACUUCGACAAGUGACCACACUGUGCGGCGACACAGUUUGGCUCGGCACUGAGGAUAAGAAGAUCAUCAUAUUCUCCGGCGUAGAACCAGAGAAGCAAGAGAAACUGACGGAAGUCCAUACCAUCGCUGCAGUAACUCAAAUCCGUUACCACUGCGACUCCAUGUUUGUCGGACUCGCUAAUGGCAGGGUAUCAGUCUUCAGGAGGAAUCACGAUGAUUCCUGGGCGCUGCAAGAACCUCUCGCUAUUGAACUAGGAGACAAACCCGUGUACUGUGUCCUGCCUGUUGAUGGCAUAAUUUACGCCACUUGCGCUCGACGUGUGUUCGCCAUAAAUGCACUCACAGCAGAAAUAAUGCGUAUACUAGAAUUAAAAGGAGACGACAACCGCUCUGUUAGAUACUUAGCACAUUCUGGUGUUGGGUUAUGGACAGCUUUCUCAGAUUCUACUUAUGUUAGUCUAUACCAUGCGGAGACCUUUGAACAUUUACAGAAUAUUGACAUAGCCGCAGACGUGGCGAAAACUAUCGGAGCCAGAGAAGGAAGCAAGCCGGCUUACGUGUCCGCAUUACUUGCUGGACAAGGAUUACUAUGGGUGGGAACAACAGCCGGCGUCACAGUCACAGUGCCACUACCAAAAUUAGAAGGCCUACCGCUAAUUGGUGGACAUAUUGCUGUCGCUUACCACGCGCACGCGGGCCCCGUGACAUUCCUGUUAUCUUUAUUACCGGAGUCAAGAGAUGUGGAUGUUAACAUUAUUCGACGUAAUCUCUCCAACGCUCGGGCUCUCGCUGACACUACUACCCUUCAAGAAUUCAAGGAGGAAGAAACUAAAGAAGAUAAUGAAAAACCCAAAUUGGAACGACGGAUAUCAGAAGAAUCUAGCCCGUACCGACCGCAACGCGUACAGUCAGCGGUUGUGCGAAGGAAAAAGCCUGGAGACGUACGACUAAGUAAAACAUUGCCAAAGUGCGCAAACUUGAAUGCAUGUGAUGUUUACGGUUUGUUUGGAGACCUAAUGUUUGUAAAAGACUGUGUUGGCGAAGGAGAUGUGAGCGGAUCGGGCGGAGACGCAUUGCGACGAAGUGAUCCGGAAUUGGCCGCGAUUCCUUUCAGAGUCAGCACACUCGAUCGGAGAUUGAGAAUGCGGGCGGGAAGACCAAGAAGUCUCGAUUUAUCCAGUUGGUCUGUAGAUUCACGCGCUUCCAGUCUCUGUACGUCUUCCGGAAGCGAGGAGUCGAUGGCUUUACGCGCUGUUUCCCGAAACAGUUCUGGAGCGUCGGGUGCAGCUGGACUUGCACCCGUCGCUGUAUCUACACCGGACUCUUCGUCAGGAAAAUCCACAGCGUCAGAGCGCUCAGUUUCUCGGAGCGAUUCCGCCACAGCUAACGAACGAAGGCCGACACCUAAAAACGCAGGAAGAAGUCUCCGCGGUGCUGAUUACAUAGUAGGAGAGAGUGCGGUCCGGAGGUCGGUAGUGACUAUUGUGGGCGGACGAGGAUAUGUAGACUGGAGGCAGACCGCUGAUGCCGCGGAGAGACCUGCGCCAGCCGCAGAUCCCAACCCCAAAGACGCACAUCUGAUUCUAUGGGAAACACGGUUGUGACGUGCAACCGUAAGCCUGAAGUAUAUUGGAUACUUUACACGCGUAGUUAUUACGUGAGACGACCUUUGACAAAUCCAAAUGCUAUCAGAAAAUUCUGUGUCAUAUUUUUCGCAAUGUAAAUAGAUAACUUAAUACUGGUGCGAACAAAGAUCUUUGUAAAUUUUACAUGUUUAUAGGGCUAUUAUAGGUUAAAAAUGUGCUAAAUAAUUUGUAAAUCUGUUAUGACUAUGACACGCUUUACAAUAGCAAAUAUGUAAAACCGUUCUAUAUUCACAGAGAUAGAGUAUUUGAGAAUUUACACUGAGUGUAAAAAUAUGUGAUAAGCUUUAAAUUAUUUUUGGAAAUUAUGGCUUUGUAUAGUCCAUUGUUUACAUUGGUUUAUUUGAUAAUAUUUAAACACCGGUGCAUUGUUUUGUGAUGUUAUAUUGAAAUGUUAAGUAUACAGAAUAUGCUAUAAAAUAACUAACUGUUAGAAUUAUUGUGUUCAAUUAUUGUUUAAAUCUUGUAACAAAUUGAGAUGAAAGUUUUAAAAUAAUUCCGUAAUAAAUCAGAUUUCAAUUCCAUACAUUUAGUAACCCGCCAUAUUAACUUAGAAUUAAAAUUGAUUGUAAAAAUGUAAACUUAUUUCCAGUUGAUAAUAUUAUAUAUUAUAAUUUAACAAUAAAUGUUAAUUCAACUUUCAAAGCAAAUUAACAUGAAACUUAGUGGCCUUAUUUUUUGUCAAUAUUAAAUUUUCCAGUGUGUGAUUUAUAGCAUUGUUUUAGCUUUACUGUUAGACAUAAUUAUAAUGUCGCUUUAAGAAUUAGACUGAUUUAGUUUAAGCAUUCGAACGUAUUAUUAGUUGAAUUUUAGUAUUUAAGACGAAUAUACGAAUCUUCGAACGAAUUCACAAUAGAAUAAAACGGGUCUCGCAUAUACCGAACAAUGUAGCAUAGGUACAGAUACUAACUAUAUACAAAUGAUAAAAGCUAUAGCAUAAAAAGAUAAAUUUUACAUAACAGUGGGAAUAUUAAAUUUUUUUAUUAUUUCUGCCACUGACAAAAUACAUGGUAAAUUAUUUAUUGUAUGGACGCCGUAUGUUUUUGCUGUCUUUUGCACACAGUUAUAACAGUUCUAAUUGUUGUCUUCUGUCACAAUGUUAAAUAUUUUGCUCUAUUUGCAAUAAUUGUAUAGAAAUGAUUUUUUGUUUUCUAUUCAUUAUAUCAUUUGUUAGGGAUUAAUGUUGUUUCCGGUCAGUAACAUGAAAUAAACUUUAUAUUGCACAAGCACAACUCCAAAGAAAUAUUUUCAUACAGGCAUUUAAAAUAUAAGGAUUCCUUACACUCGUAUAAAACUAAAUGUGCCAAAUUGUAAAAAUUCUGAUUAGUUAAAUAUUGUACAUAAAUGUUUAUGUAUAGAUUCUUAUUUUCCGGAAGAUAUCCAUGUUUAUUUUACAAUAACGUUUCCAUACUCAAAGUAUAUAUGUCACAGCCAUUUACAAAAGCUUGUAUUAAAUAUUCUUGUUCGUCAUACUUCAAUGGAAUCUUUAUUUAUACUAAAAAGGGGUCACAGUUUGUAUGUACUAAGGUGUAAAUAAAAUUUAAGUUUAUAUGUAUACACCUGUA